GUUCUCAUUACGAAAUCAAGUUGAAAUCUCCAACAAUGACCGACUCCGCCAUUUGACAGGAGCGACACAUCGUUACACAGCUAACGAUUGGGGAGACCAAGCCAGAUUGAAUGGUUGUAUGGCACCUGUUGAGCUCGAACUGAAAAUGGACGCGCAAGUCAUGCUUAUCAAAAACUUGACUCCCUCUUUGGUUAAUGGUUCAACCGGCAUCAUCAUCGGAUUCACAAAUGAAGGUCAAUUUACAUCGGAAAGUUCUAUUCAGUCUCGCCUUCUGGAGAAGGAGAGAUCCAGCAAUACGCCAGGAGGAGGGCGAAAAGAAGAAAUGAUUAUACCAACAGAAGUAUACCCUAUUGUUAGGUUUGUCAAUGGACAAGAGGUGGUCAUUCAACCAGAAAGAUGGGAAGUUGAGCUACCAGGUCAGUGUUUAGCCCGUGGAGUUUUAUGAGCAUGGGAUCUUUUGUAUUUAUUUGUCGUUUCAAACAGGUGGUGAGUUGGCUGCAACAAGAACGCAAAUCCCGCUAAUGUUGGCUUGGGCUUUGUCAAUCCAUAAAAGUCAAGGGCAAACAUUGGAUCGUGUGUUCGUUGACUUGGGCAGUGUAUUUGAAAAAGGUAUAGAUCAGAGAGUGUGUCGUUCUGGAGUUGAUA